UUCCUUCCGGCUACACGCACUCCAGCAACCCUAGCUUUUUUCCUUGGAAACGCAGCAGCAAGAAACAUCAAAACACACAUCGAUCGUCUUGCGCGUUCGUUCGUCGUGCAUGCGAUCCAUGGGUCGUCGUCGCCUCGGCACCGUGGCGCUCGUGGCCCUCGUCGCGGCCUGCUGCCUCCUGUACUGCGGCGCGGCGCCCGCCGGCGCCGGGCUGACGACGACGGACCUCGGCGGGGCACCGCUGCUGCGGGUGGCGGCGCCGUGCGACGGAACGCUGGGGCAGUGCGCGGUGGGGAGCGAGGAGGAGCAGGAGGUGGGCGGCGGCGGCGACGCGCUCCUGCGGCGGGCGCUGGCGGCGCGGCAGCCGACCAACCGGUACAUCAGCUACGCGGCGCUGCGCGCGGACCAGGUGCCGUGCAACCAGCGCGGCCGAUCCUACUACAGCAACUGCGCGUCGCAGAAGGCCGCCAACCCCUACCGCCGCGGAUGCUCCGCCAUCACCCGUUGCGCACGCAACACCAACUGAUCCAUAUCAUAUAUAUCAUUCCGUCCUAUAUAUCGAUGCUAGCUAGCUAAUCAUAUAUAUUUGCAUGCAUCCAAGAAGAUGCAGCCAUGGCAGAUCCACAUUGACGUGCCGGUGUGCAUGCAUCCAGGGUGGAGGAAGACAGGGAACAUAUAUCCAAGAGUGUAGUUGUUUGCAUUGCACUGAUAUGCAUGUUUGACUUGUGUUAUUUUUUUUCUUCUUGUGAUGAAUGAUCAACGUCUAUGUACCAGCUUAUUAAGUAGUAAUAGUAGUUACGUUCUCCAGUGGUUUGAUUUCUGAUGGGUUAUAUUAUUUUGGGAUUUUGUUCUUAUGACCGGCCGGUUGUACUGAAAUAAGUGGGUUCCAGAAAAAGGAGUCUGAUUAGCGUCUGACUAACUGUGUCACUAUAAUAACGAUAUAUUAUAAUAUGUUAUAUUGA